ACCUUAAACACAUAAACUGCCAGUCAUUCUGGAGUUGACGGAUCUGGAAUUGACGGUUCAUUUCGUGCAGUAGAUAUAGGCGGAUCGGAGCAGUGAAUUUAAUGUAAUUAAACGACAAGUCAAUCAAAAUAAAAUGGGAGCUGUUCGAGUAAUUAACGAUGAUCGUCAUUUCAACGGCGAGUUGACCAAUGCUGGCCAAAAACUCGUCGUCGUAGACUUCACAGCGAGUUGGUGCGGGCCUUGUCAGAGAAUCGCUCCGAUAUUCGAGCAGCUGUCGCUUAAGUAUCCCAAGGCGGUGUUCCUGAAGGUGGACGUGGACAAAUGCGCGGAAACCGCCUCGACGCAGGACGUCAGCGCGAUGCCGACCUUCAUCUUCUACCGCAGGCGCACGCGACUCGGCCACUGCCAAGGCGCGGAUCCGGUGGGACUGGAAUCCAAGAUCCAGCAGUUCUAUGGCAGCGGGGACGCUGACGAUGCGGACGACUCGGUUGCAGACUCCCUGCCCGGCCAUAUGGACCUGUCCAGUUUCAUAAUGAAGCAGCAGUGCGAGUGUUUAAACGAGUCGGAUUAUCACACUUUCCCUCAGUGUUUGAACUCGGACAGUGGGUAUCUUCAGAGUGACGAGGAUGAGCAACUGAUAAUGUCCAUCGCAUUCUCGCAGCCCGUUAAAGUUCACUCGCUUAAAAUCAAGGCACCUACGGAAAAUGGACCAAAAAAUAUCAAACUAUUCAUCAACCAACCGAGGACGAUCGAUUUCGAAAUGGCAAGCUCCAAUACAAGCAUUCAAGAUCUAACAUUAUCGACCAAGGAUCUCGAGGAAGGAAAUCCGGUACCACUACGUUACGUCAAGUUCCAAAAUGUGCAGAAUCUUCAAAUCUUUGUGAUAGACAAUCAGAGUGGUUCGGAAACAACGAGAAUCGAUCAUUUAGUUAUAAUCGGCUCACCAAUCUCAACUACCAAUAUGGGAGAAUUUAAGAGAGUAUCCGGCAAGAAGGGAGAAAGCCAUUGAACGACUUUUCUGUAACAAUAAUGUAUCAGGAUAGCAUGAGGAAUUUCGAUUUGCCUAUUAACAUUCCCCUCCAUUGUUUUUUUCGCAAAGAAAAAAGGAAAAAGAAAAAAUAAUGUAACGGGAUUUACAAUAAUAAAAACUGAUUUGAAUACCAUACAA